AGAACGUUUUAUUUGUGAAUCGAAUUUAAUAAGAAGAAGAAUACACUAUUUUGGUUGUUUUUAUUUCUUUUGAUUCCACAUUACUGCAAAGAAUUUUGAUUCUUUAUAAUAUGGCGGGCGAAGUAACUGUAGAUGCUUUACCAUACAUUGAUCAAGGCUAUGAUGAUGCAGGAGUUCGAGAAUCGGCACUUGCUAUGGUGGAGGAAGAAUGCCGGCGUUAUAGGCCCACAAAAAACUAUCUUGAUCAUUUAUCACCUUUAAGUGCAAAUGCUUUUGAAACCGAAUUAAUGGCCAAUGAAUUUGAGCGUAUACAAAAUCGUCAACCAAUGGAAACUCUAAGCAUGAAACGGUACGAAUUGCCACCACCACCGUCGGGCAAACUAUCGGAAGUAAGCGCUUGGCAAGAAUCUAUAGAAAAUUCAAUGGCACAAUUAGAACAUCAAUGGGUGCGUGCAAUGAACUUGGAAUUAAUGCUUGUUUAUGGGAUAGAGUCGUGGAAAGCGUAUUUAGAAGUUAUAGCCGCCUUACAGGCUAAAACGUUGGCACAAUUGCAGGAAUCAAAGAAGCAAAUACAAGACAUUAACUGGCAUCGUAAGCAGGCACAAACACAAGCCGGAGAAAAGUUAAAGUCAUUAGAGGCGAAUUGGGUAUUGUUGGUAUCUAAAAAUUACGAAAUUGAGCAAAAGUGUGCAGAGUUAGAAGAACAAUUGCAAAAAGCACACAUGGAAAUUGAGAGGCUGAAAACACAAAAGAACAACACCCUUACCAAUGGAGAUACUUAAAUGGGAUAAAUAAUAUUUAUAUAACGUAACUAGACAUAAUAAAUAAAAUAAAAGGGAUUUGUUCGUAUAAAAUA